CAGAAAUUUCUUCUUUGAAAUUCAAGAUGGCGGAGCCCUCAGACAGCGGUUCAAAUAUAAAAUCGGCAAGAGAGACUAUAGAAGGUUUGAAAUGAGGUUUUUCUUGUUUAUUUUAUGAAAUAUCUGUACUGGCGAUUAUUGUACACAAGAUUUAGGCUCCAAAGUUGUAUAAUUUUUGUGUGUUUGUCCAAAAAUAAUGGCUAUAAAGUGUCGAGAUUUUGAGUUAAUAUUUAAUAAAAAAUACACAAUUAUGAUGUGUUUGUUACGGUAGAAGGUACGUUCAGUACUUUCUAGCUGUGAUAAACUUCACGUUUUAAUGAUGCUGUAGUAGUAUUACAGUAUAUUCCUUUAUACUGGUCAUUACAGAAUGUACAAAAUCUUGCGGAAAUUGUCAAGAGGUCUGGUAACGAGUGAUUUACACUACACAACGUUUGUCUAAAACUGUCGCAUGCAACCUGCUUACAACUCGAGUUGUACUGUGUAAAUCAAGCACACAACUUUAAGAAUCUUGUGUUUUGUCAUAUGUGCUGAAGAUUCCACAAACUGACACAAGUUUUUAAUCUAGUCCCCCCCUGCAAUCUGACCUGUUGUAGUGUUGAAGGCAAAAACGUUGUUUGCUUAUUAAGCUCCCUAUUCUAGUCUCUGGAUGUGGUUACCUAAUCAAUAUUCUUCCUGUAUCUCUAGUGUUGAUGGAAAUGAGUAACUUAUUAAACACUGGUUUGGAUUCUGAGACGCUUGUGUUGUGUGUGAAACUCUGUGAGGCUGGAGUGAACCCCGAGGCCUUGGCGUCUGUUAUCAGAGAACUGAGACGAGAGAGCGCUGCAGUUAAGGUAAAGCAAUGCACUGACUGAUGCCACAGACAGAUCUGUCUAUCGCCCGUAAUCUAAAAGCUCACUCACACUCAAUGAGUGGAGGUUCAAUCUGAGCUUCUCUUGAGUGUUAAUGCUGUUUUUGAAUAGCUGGAGGGUUAGUGUCAUACCUUACUAUGUGACUACUAACCCUCCAGCUAUUCAAAAACAGCAUUGACACUCAAGAGAAGCUCAGAUUGAACCUCCACUCAUUGAGUGUGAGUGAGCUUUUAGAAUACGGGCGUAUGUGUAUAAAUUUCGCCUAGACUAUUUUAUCUUUAUAUUACAACAAUUGUGAUAUUACUUUCUUAACUGUGUUUAUCCUAACCCACCCUGUCAGCUUUCCCUGUGGGAUGAAACCAGAGCACCCGGAGAAAACCCAGACUCUUUUCACAUAGCGAGAAUCAAACCCACCAUCUCAGAGGUGAGAGGGGCUUGCGUCACCGAAGCCCUAUUUUGACUAUUAGUAUUAGACUUAAAUUCAUGAAUCCCAAAUGUUUGACAAAAAUUGUCUAUAUUUUUUAGGCUAACGAACAAAGCAAAUAACUCAGUCAAUUACUAGACCAGACAGCCGUUGAGAAAUGAAACUUUGUAAAAGAGAAUCAGAUGUAAAUAGAUAGUUAUUCUAAGUAUUAAAUAAAACAUUUUUCAACUUUACCUUGUAUCCACUUGUAUUGAAGCUUUCUGGCGAAAGGCAAGUCUCUUUUUGCUUGUUGCUGCUUUUUUAAAACGGAAAGGCCGCUUCACACUACACAAUUUUUGCCUGAAACUGUCGCAUACAACCUGCUUACAACUUGAGUUGUACUGUGUAAAUCAAGCAUACAACUUACUUACGUU